CCACUCAGCGGAAGUGCGUCGACACGCACGCAAACCCGGAAGCGCAAGCCGAUCUUUACACCAAACAAAAGCCCUCGGAAGUGUCGCGUGCGUUUUUGUUUUUUUAUUCGAGAAAGGCAAACUGAAGACCAAGUUUGAAAAUGUUACCGAACAAAGCGCUCGCCGAAGAACGACAUAAAUCGCGCGAAAAUAAUCAGAAUUAUUAGCGUGCUCGGAUCGAUUCUUUAUUUACCUGCAUAUGCGAGCACUGUGAUUUCUCUGCGUCGUACGACCGCACACUUCAAAUUCUCUCUGUUUUAUGGAGUAUUAAGUAAAUCUGCUUCCUACUAGCGCUGUUGUUCGUUUCGAGCGCUUCUUUCGGAGCCCCGUUGUUGCUCGUUAUCCGAUCGGACGGUCGCAGAGAAAGGAUGACUCUGGCAGUGUUUUUUGGCUGUGCUUUCAUAGCGUUCGGUCCGUCUUUCGCCUUGUUUGUUUUCACUAUCGCCAAAGACCCGUUAAGAGUCAUCAUUCUGAUCGCAGGGGCGUUUUUCUGGCUGCUGUCUUUGCUCCUGUCCUCUCUGGUGUGGUUCAUCGCUAUAAAGGCCAGUAACUCGCAGGAUGUCAGCCUUCAGAGAGGCCUGUUGAUUUUUGGAGUCUUCUUCUCAGUCCUGCUCCAGGAAGUCUUCCGCUUCGCCUACUACAGACUGCUCAGGAAGGCCAACGAGGGUCUGGCAGCCAUUAGCGAUGAUGACGGUUCAGCUAUUUCCGUCCGACAGAUGGCUUACGUGGCCGGCCUGGGCUUUGGGAUCAUGAGUGGCGCGUUCUCAAUGAUCAACGUCUUGUCUGACUCCCUGGGUCCCGGGACGGUGGGCAUCUUUGGAGACUCGCAGUAUUACUUCAUUACAGCAGCACUGAUGACGCUGGCGCUGACGCUGCUGCACACGUUUUGGGGUGUGGUGUUCUUCGAGGGCUGUGAGAAGAGCCGCUGGUGGGUCAUCGCUGCGGUCGUCUCUCUACAUCUGUUAGUCGCCGGCCUGUCGCUGCUGAAUCCGCUGUAUGAGGGCAGCCUGCCUCCUGUGUAUGUCAUCAUGCUGCUGAUGGGCGUCUGGGCGUUCUUCUCGUCUGGAGGAUCGCUACACGGCCUCAAUGCACUUUGCACACGCAGGAAAGCUGAGGGGGAAUCUUCAUAAGAUGGUUUUUGUCGUAGCUGACGCGAUCUGUGACAACAGAUGGGCUGAGUCUGCCGCUUGAAUGAAUGGCAGCGCUUUGUGAAAGAGCACAUUCACCAGCUCAAAGCCUGAGGGGAUCCAGACACGUCCCCUCCAGCAUCAGCCGUCUCAACGGGGCCAGCGGCCAUGAGGCUGCCACAGAAACACUGUAAAUAGCUUGAUCUGAAUGCAAAUCAAUAAGACAGAUCUCUAAUAUUAUUUUGUUUUAAACGCAUCAUUGUCCGGCUGUUCUCGUGAAUGUUUGUGGUUUUGAGUUUUUUUUCUGUACGCUCCGAAUGAAGCCGGUUUAAGGGGACGAGUGAUCAAACGGAGCAACCGAUUCAAUUUUUUUUUUACUCAAGUCCAGAGCAUUUCCAUUUACUGCCAUUAAAACCCUGAAGAGUUUUCAUAAUUGCUUUCGUACAUUUUGAAACCCAUUAUUUGUUUGCGCAAAGAAAACUUCUUACUUUCUCCAAUGGAACAAAUGUCUUAACCGUUUCUGUGUGAUUAUGCAGGACCGACUGAUGCUUGGUGAUCAUUUUUCGUCAACUCUUCAUUUGUUCGUAGCUCAUUUGGUCAGUAGAGAACAGGAAUCGCAAAGCAACUGAAAGACAUUUUUUUUAAUGUAUUUCUGACAGUUGAAUGCAACCUUUACAUAUAUACGGACAGGACGCAAUAUCUGGAUCUUCCAGAAUCUUCUGUUCAUGUUAAUAUGUGUCCCUGGAGCAUAAAACCAAUCGUAAGUCACGCGGUUAUGUUUGUAGCAAUAGCCAACAUAAUAUAUAAAUUACAGAUUUUUCUUUUAUGCCAGAAAUCAUUAGGAUUUUAAAUAAAGAUCAUGUGUCAUCAAGAUAUUUUGUGCAUUUUUUUUUAAGUGCAAAUAUAUCAAAAUGUUUUUCGAUUAGUAAUAUGCAUCGCUGAGAACUAAAAAAAUCAAAACAUUGAGAAAAUCGCCUUUUCGUUCAGUUUUCAGAUCUUUAAAAAUGGUCAUAUUUUAACAAACCAUGGGUUUCAGAUGUUGUGUAAAUCUCAGUUUUUGUUUUUUUUGUAAAUGGACCUUUAUCACUGGUUUUGUGGUCCAGGGUCACAUAUGAACUGGUGCUGGGCCCCUUGGCCGUGUGCUCAUCACAGUUGUAGUUAGCCGACUCUUAAUCUACGCUGCUGUAUGUAGAUCCACGUCUCUCAGUGACUUACGCUAACAUAGCUUUAAUUCCUAACCCGGCACACUAACGUCACUUCAUUUACUUACACAUUACCCGUUUCCCAGUCUGUUAGCCUUAAAAUGCAUCCAGCACAAGCUCGUACAUCACAGAACACAGUGAAGUCGCGGCGGUUUCUCUGGAUGUUGGCAGCUCCUCGGUGACCGCUAGCGUUUUGUGUGCUUCUGUGUUAAUGUAUUACGCUCCGUACUCGUGCACGUUUUUUUCCGGUCUGCAUUUGUCAAUCCAGUGUUGAACCUGCGCAGACGGAGCUCUCGUUAUGUUCUGUAUAUUGGACGCAACGACUCGGUGCUUUUCUGAAUUUCAAUGACAUUUCAAUUUCAAGGACUUCUUGUAAUUACGUAACAUUUUAAUGCUGCUUUAUAAAGUUUCUAAGAAUACGAUGUGCCAAACAGGGAAUCAGAUUGCUGUUCAUUUGCAAAAUUGAUUCGACAAAAAAAGAUUAAAAAUACCCUGUUAAUCAUU